AUUAUAAUUAAAGCUACGUUUUCAGUAGACAUUAUUUGCUACUAAGCUAAGCUAACUGUUAACUGCUAACUUUUCCAUUGUUUACACGUAUCCUCAUAUCAAGCAUUUCCAAAACUUGGCAAAAUUAUAGAAUAUAUUCGCAUGAAAAUCUUACAAUUGUCUACUUCUAGCAGUGAUUUCUUUGCUUGCUUUGAAAUUGUAAUCCGCGUACAAACCGGCGCUCACAUGUGUUUACAAUAACUUCCGGGUGUACGGCAUCUGAAGAUGAGGGGGUUCUUGAAGCUGGCCGUCCGUGCUGUGAGCUGCAUCCCCCGCAGGCCGUUCAGUGGAGGAAGACCACCCGCGCCGUUAGGAGGAAGAAUCCUCACCGACCCCGAGGACAUCUUUCAGCAUAACAUGUGGGAUCAUGUGCAGUGGACAGAGGAGGAGACAGAGAAAGCCCGGCAAAAAGCAGAGGAGAACUCUAAAGAGAAGAUUCCUGUAGAAGAGCAAUCCAAAUAUGACAGAGAAGCUCAUAAAUAUUGGGACCGAUUUUAUGAGAUGCACCAGAGGAAGUUCUUCAGAAACCGAACUUGGCUCUUCACCGAAUUCCCAGAGCUUCUCCCUCCAGACACCACAGGCUUGUGCCUCCCAGAGCAGGAGCAGGAGCAGGAGCAGGAGCAGGAGCAGGGCGGUGGGGUGGACUCGUGCUCCGAGUCUGGGAACAGAGAAAAGCAGCAGCCCUGCGCUUCCAGUACAUUAACCAGUCAUAUGAACACAUUCCCGGGACAGCAUGCUGCUUUCAGGAUACUAGAGGUGGGCUGUGGUGCAGGGAACAGUGUGUUUCCCAUCAUCAGCACCAUCAGGGGCAGUAAGGCGUUUCUGUACUGCUGUGACUUCUCAUCUCAAGCGAUUGAGCUCAUCCAGGAGCACCCAGACUAUGACCCUGCAGUGUGUCACGCAUUUGUGCGGGACAUUUGUGACACGGCGUCCCCAUUUCCCUUCCCCCCCGAGAGUCUGGACAUUAUUCUGGUGGUCUUUGUGCUCUCUGCCAUCCACCCAGUACGCAGAGCUCAAGAUGCGGUGAGGGCUUUGGCUGGAUUCCUGAAGCAGGGAGGAAUUGUGCUGUUCAGAGACUAUGGCAGAUAUGAUCUGGCACAGCUUAGAUUUAAAAAAGGCCAGUGUUUGUCUGAGAACUUCUAUAAGCGCCAGGAUGGAACCUGUGUGUAUUUCUUCACAAAAGAUGAGGUUCAUCAUUUGUUUUCUAAUGCUGGUCUGGAGGAGCUUCAGAAUCUGGAAGACAGGAGACUGCAGGUAAACCGAGGAAAGAAGGUGGUGAUGCACAGAGUGUGGACGCAAAGCAAAUACAGGAAGCCUUGUCUGAUUUCAGACUGAGCGCUCAAAAGAACUGGGCUAAAGGCCUUAACUUGAACACAAAGUCCUAUCAAGAUUUUAUGUGAUAGACUUCAAGUAUAGCAAAUGAUGGAGAUAUAACAUUACAGAAAUGUCAAGAAAGCACUCCAUUUGUAUGUUUCUUUUAACUUCCCAUGUGCCACUAUUUGCCUUUGUUAGGUUUCAAUAAAUUGUAAUGAAUGCGUUGUCUUGUAUUGCAUUAUUAGGUAGUCGAGUGAAUUAACAUUACUGGAGUCUUGAAAGUUAACAGUAGUUCUUCUAAAAGUCACUUUAGCGUUUAAUUAAAGAAACAUGCAUAAUAUUUAGUGCUGGGCAAUCGCGAUUAAUCGCAUCCAAAAUAAAAGCGUUUGUUUACAUAAUGUAUGU